AAUUUCCCGUGGUCCACCGAUUCGCUCUUUCUUUCAACUGUCGAAAUAUUUUUCCGAAUAAAGUGAAACUAAAGUGUUCGUCGGAAUCGGAAUCGGGAUCGGAGUAAACCCAAUUCCCACCGCCACCCGAAUAUCUCCUCCGAUUCUUCCAUUUUUACACUUCACUUCACUUCAUCUUCUUCCCCACAGCUUCUCAAAUCCUUCUUCUUCUUCUUCUUCUUCUUUAACUCCGUCAUGCCACUCGAUCACCACUCCCAACACUUCGAUCAAACACGCAGUUCCGUCGAAGCCGAUGAUGAUUCCGACCAUCUCCACCCUACUCGUUCCACGACGUCUGUCGUCAAUGGAGCCGACUGCGAGAAUGCCGGCGAUGACCUUUUCGUCCCUCCCCUGAACUUCGCCGUCGUUGACAAUGGCAUUUUCCGCUCCGGCUUCCCCGACUCUUCCAACUUCUACUUCUUGCAGACCUUAGGCCUUCGUUCGAUUAUAUGUCUUUGUCCUGAGCCAUAUCCUGAGGCGAGCAUGGAUUUUCUCAAGUCGAAUGGAAUUCGAUUGUUUCAACUCGGGAUUGAAGGUACUAAGGAGCCUUUUGUGAACAUUCCAGACAACACAAUUCGUGAAGCACUUAAAAUUAUUCUCGAUGUGAGGAAUCGCCCAGUUCUAAUCCAUUGCAAACGAGGGAAGCACCGAACUGGUUGUGUUGUGGGAUGCUUUAGAAAGCUGCAGAAAUGGUGCCUAUCCUCAGUCUUUUAUGAGUAUCAGCGGUUUGCCGCUGCCAAGGCAAGAGUUUCAGAUCAGAGGUUCAUUGAACUAUUCGAUGUUUCUGGCUUGAAGUAUCUGCCAUCUUCAUUUUCUUGUUCCAAAAGAUAAAUUGUCUUGUAUGCCUAUUUUGAGGACGAUCAUUAGUGGAAGAACAUGCCUCACAUCUCUUUCAAAGUUAUUACCCUCCCUUAUAGUUGUAUAUUUUUACUGUUCUCAAACUAUAUUUAUGGUUAUAAAUCCAUAAGGGAUUCUCUGGGAUUCACCCACCCAACUCA